UCAAUAAAUAUAUUGUACUGAUUUUUUUUCAGAACAAAUUUAUGUAUUUAAUGGAUGACAUUUUUGCUUCAGUAGAUAUUAAUGUUGCUCAACAUCUAUAUAAACAUUGUAUUAAUGGGUUACUUAAAGAUAAAACACGUAUUAUUUGUACCCAUAAUAGUCAAUUUUUACUCUCAGCUGAUUGGGUAUUAAUAAUGAAUAAUGGUACUAUUGUAAAUCAAGGUCGGCCUUUCGAAGUACUUAAUGAUUAUGAUGUAAAAGCUGUGGAUGUAAAGUUUGAGGAAGCAAAUAGUAACUCAUACUUAUCUAUGGAUGAUUGGACACCAGUUAAAGAAUCAGAAAUUAAAAAUGAUUUGAAUGACAUAGAAAACCAAGAAGAAGGAGUGGUUAAUUCAUCUGUUUAUAAAAAAUAUUGGAAAUCUGUUGGGAAUUUAGUUGUAAUACUGCUAUUUUUUGCCAUGGUUAUUAUGCAGCAGAGAGCACAUGGCUACAACCACGCUCACACCACUACCAUAAUAUCCUCUCCCGGGACCCACUAUGUUGGCCAACCCGGUAAUGCUAUAUCCCCUCCGCUGUAUUCUCACAUGGUACAGAUGGGACUUGAGAGGAGGAAUACGCAACUAUAACCAGUGCUGAUCAGUUUUGGUCAAUGUGCCAUGU